GUCCCUUCUUCCUUCCUACAUAAACACUUGGUGUCAUCGCAAUUUCUCAUCACACACAAACUAUAACGCAAAGCAUUAGCUGCUUCCAUGUCUUCCUCGUCAAAAUUCAUCUCUAUCCUCUUCCUCUUUGCCUUCUUCUCCAUGCAAAUCCAUGCCAGGGAAUUCUUCAGCAAAAUCCCAAGGGUUAACACCAAUGAGAAAGAGACAACUACAACAAGAGAGCAAGAGCAUGGGACGGAGACCACCCAAAAGUCAGAAGAGCAAGAGCCAAGGUUUGUUCCCGAAACCCAAAAUGGUUACGGCCUUUACGGGCACGAAACAGGUGCAGGCGAGCCAAGUUUCACCACCAAAAAAUCCUAUGAACCCUAUGUCACCCCUGUUAAAUAUCAUCCCGAUGAACCCUACAACAGCAUUCCCGAAUCCGGCUCCAACCUCAAAAACACUUACUACUUCAACAAGAACACCUACGAGUCCACUGAGAAGCAAAACUUGGGCGAGGCCAGCUUCACUGAGAAAGGAUGGAGCACCAAGGAAAACCAGAACAGCAACUACUACAACCGCAACAAUGGUUACAUCAAUGGUGAGAGACAAGGCAUGAGCGACACUAGAUAUUUGGAGAAUGGAAAGUACUACUAUGACAUGAAGAGCGAAAACUAUUAUCCAAACCAGUUCGACAACUCAAGGGGAGUUGCUUCGAGGAACGAGUUUAAUGAGAAUCGUUACAACAACAUGGGAAGAUACAACCAGAACCAAGAGGAGUUUGAGGAUUCCGAGGAAGAGUUCGAGCCAUGAUCAGCUAUUGUAUACUGCUCUCAAUUUGAUGUAUGAUUUGUGAAGAUCAUCAUGCAAUACAAGCACUGGCUUUAAUUAGAUGUCAAGUAUGGUAAUUAAUUAGGAAAAAAACAAUGAAGAAGAUAAAAUUUUAUUUAUCGAGUCUUGCGGUUAUUUUCUUGUGAUGUAUUUUUUUCUGGUUAUAGUUCCUUUGCUUUGAAAUGUUCAAGAUUUGA